GCACAUCGUUGUAUGCUACACAAAGACGCGGUCAAUUGUUCUCUUAAUCCGGAGCUAACGCUUCGCGGUAAGUGCGCAUGAGCGACUCAGAUAAUAUUCACCUUUAGGUGUGAAAAGUAUCACUGACGCAACGUUUCGUGACCUUUAACCUUAAUUUCUGAGAAACAUUGGCGGACACCAAAGUUGAGAAUUCUGCACGCUGCAGCAAAUGCAGCGCGCUGUAUUGAUUGCUGGUCGUAGAUAUCGCCAAUUUGUUCGAUGGCUUCUAUUGCAUCUAGUCGAAUAAAACAAGUGUCGAUUUGUCUGCGGACUGUAUUGGGCGAUUUAACAAUUCAAGAGAUUUUUGUUGGUUUUUAUCAGACACAGAGUACAACAUCAGACGCUUUAUUGAAAAUCAUUGAAGACAUUUUUAUGCGAUUUGACUAAAGUUUCCAUCAUUUACGAGGACAAUGUUACGAUGGGGCAUCUAACGUGAGCGGCAAAAUUUCUAGUUUGAAAAGUCUUACAUUUGAAAAAGAACCGCAUGCUUUAUUUGUGAAUUGCACAGCACACACCCUUAACCUUGUUAUACAAGAUGUCUUAUAAUGCAAGAAACUUUAUUGGUACCUUCAAAGAACUAGUAAAUUUCUUAAGAAAUUCGCCAUAGCGAUUAGCAAUGUUCAAAGAUUUGCAAUCUGAAACGAGUCCUAUCAUAUCUCCAUUUUGCCCAAUCAGGUAAGAGUUGGGCAAAAGGUGGGGGUUAGUGCAAAAAGGUUUAAACUCAUUAGCUCUUUGGAACAUUCAUCAAGAAGCAGCGAAAACAUUAGAUAUGGAAAAAUUAAUUAAUGAUUUUAUAAAUGAGAACAAAGUACGAAAAGCAACAUUUGCAAUAAAAUAGGGUAUUAGAUUAUUGAAAUAAGUUUUGUAAACGGUGCGUAAAUGUUAUUGUGAACUUUAAAAAUAUUGGGUGUAUGUUAUUUUAAGUUAAUAAGAAAAGGAAAUUAAAUUGCCAAAUAAAAUUGUUAAAAAUUACAUUGUUAUUGUUAUGUUAAAGAUGUGUAUUUUUAAUUCUCUCUCUUAAACCUCCCGCAAUUCUAAUUUACUCCAGAAUUUUUUACUUCGCCGGUCCUGUACCUAGCUCUCGAAACCUAAUAGCGUUGGGGUCAGAAAAAAACAAGAGCUGACCCAGGGAGGCCGAUAGAAUAGAUGAAAGCAUUGUGGCACAAGAAAGUUAAAGAUGUCACAAUGGUAGAUGAAGGAACCAUAACGAUAUGAACACAUCUUUAUAAGGGAAGGACAAAAACAUUGGAAAAAAUGCACGGUUAAAAUGGGGAUGGAUAUGUCGUGGUAGGACACGACUUAGUCUGACCCCUCAGUUUUGGCCUUACCGGCAUUGGUAACCUCGUCAUGCAUAGAAAAAUGUCAUGCUACAGGCUCCCCGCUCGCACGGACAGUGCUAACUUCAAGGCGGUGACCCCAUGCGAGUCUGGGAUGUUGCCGCGACUAUAUCAAGCGAUGGUCGCAGUAGAUCCACGUCGCAUCCGUCGCAUUGUGUGUGCUCUCUGUGUGACCCGCUGAAUACGUUUGUGUGAAUGUGACUGUGUUUGUAAGUUCGUAUGGCGGAAGGCGGUGCUAGGAGUGGGUGAUGUACGUUGUACGAAUGUAUGUAAUGUGAGUUGAUAAAAGUUCAAGACGGAGGUUAUGGUGGACGUGAUAUUGUGAUUUGUGAUGCAAUUAUUGAGUGUUAUGAAGAUAAAUAUUCUGCGAAAAGUAGUGUAAAAAAUUACACUUCUGUUCUAAUUGGAAAAAGUUUCAUAUCAGUGGUAAAAUAUGCAUCAAAGUUCAAACAAGAAUAGACCGGAGACCCCAGACAACCAGUUUCUCCUAAGAGAAUCUGUUUCAAAAAAUGGCUCAACUCCACGAGGAGCCAGAAAAGGGGCAGAUUUUCAUGAGAAGCAACCUCUUUUUGAUAGACCAUUAGCAGAACCUGUUAAACUGACACCAGCUUGGGAGGAGACUAAUCUUCCCAACGACGAACUGAAUUUCAAAGGAGUUACAAUGGAACAAGCUGACUUAGAAAUUAAUCCCCCAAGAGAUUGGUGCAAGUUGGUGUAUUUCACAUUGCUUUUGCAUGGAAUUGGAGUUUUACUACCGUGGAACAUGUUCAUAAAUGCACGUGCAUACUUUGUAGAUUUUAAAUUAAAGCCCGUAAAUAAUGGUACAGAUGAUAUGGAGCAAAUACGAUCAAAUUUUAUGAACUAUUUAACAUUUGCUGCUCAAAUUCCAAAUGUUAUUUUCAAUUGGCUGAAUGUGUUUGUUCACAUUGGAGGGAACUUAACUACAAGAAUUGUGUGGAGUAUUAUGGUGGAAGUGGUCUUGUUUAUAUUUACAGUGGCAUUGGCCAUGACUGAUUCAACAGAAUGGCGUGGUACCUUCUUCUGGUGCACUAUACUUACCGUUAUUUUAUUGAAUAUGGCAAAUGGAAUUUACCAGAAUACUGUGUUUGGUAUGGCAGCGAAAUUACCAUUUAAGUACACUGGUGCGGUGAUACUUGGAACAAGAUAUUAUCGUUACCAUGAACUUCUGGGAAAGAAGACGCAACACAGACAAGUAGCAGGCGGUAGAGCACAUAAACCUCGAAUCCCAUAUGGAACUAUUAUCAAGCAAUGCUGGCCGCAGUUGUACAAUGUGUUCUUUAUUUUCUUUGUAACUCUUGCAGUUUUCCCUGCUCUUAUUGCGAGUAUAAAACCAAGCAAUGAGAAAUUCUUUGUUCCUAAAGACAUUUUUUCUGAUGUUACAUGUUUUUUAACGUUCAACGUGUGUGCUAUGCUGGGUAGUCUUCUAGCUACAUGGAUUUCUUGGCCAUCACCAAAAUAUCUGGCCAUUCCUGUUACAUUGAGAGUGCUAUUCAUUCCGUUCUUUGUCUUUUGCAACUAUGUUCCACAUGAUAAGCGAAUUUUAACUAUUCUCAUAUAUAAUGAAUAUGUUUUUUGGGGUGGUGUUGUACUAAUGGCCUUUACAAGUGGUUAUUUCAGUGCUUUGGGUAUGGAGUUUUGUCCUAGAUCUGUGGAACCUCAGAAUGCACCCAUAGCAGGAAUGCUUGGUGGAGCUUUUAUGAUCACUGGAAUAUUUUCUGGGGUUGUGUUCUCCAUGAUAUUUCCACCUUUAGUUUCCUUAAUACCUCUUUAAUGUUGUAUGACCUAUUGUAAAGCACAUGGGUCUAUAUCACUCUGAAAGUUGGAGUUGCUCAUUGAGAAUAUUUUGAGAUGUGCUUUGAACAUGCACAGCAACAAGCAAGAGUAGUAUGUCAAUCUGCUAACAAGGAACAUUGUGUGUGUGAAAUUUUGAAAAUGGAUAAAAUUACAUAAAUGAACAAUUCUGCACAAUAUUUAAUUCCCAAUGGAAUUAAAGCUUCUCAACUCAGGAAGAUGGGCAAUUUUUUAAAUUGUUCACAGAGAAUUUAAAAGGCAUGUGAAUUCACAUGUAAUAGGUAUGUGAGUAUAAAUUUAAUUUUUGUAGGAACCAGUUGAUUAUAGUUCUGGAAAUUAUAUGUAUGUCUUUGACCCCAAAGGAAAAUGUAGAAGCAUUGAAUUACACACUGUAUUCUUUGCAUAAUAAUACAAUAUUUAAUGAUUAAUGGUUACAAAUCAAGCAAUUAUUGUAAGAUUUAAGAAAAAAUGUAAUUUGUAUACUGUGUUUAUAUAAUUAAUUUUGAACAAACUUAUUGAAUCUCUCGAAGUUGUAUAAUAGCAGAGGUCAUUCAUUAAGAGAAGAUGAUGUAUAGUAUUUUGGCUGCUAUGAUCAACAUUUUUUAUAUUACAUGGAGAUAAUCUGAAGUAUGGAGUCGUUUUGUCUUUUUAAGAAACAUUUUCUGCUAUUGUGUUAUUUAUGGUAAUUGAAGUGAUUACUUCCAAAUUAAUCUACAAAAAUUUCUACAUUGCUAAAAUAUAUUCAGCUCCUGUAUGAAAGAAAGCCUAUUGGAGUAUGUGAUUCUUUUUUUUUUAAUUGAAGAUGAUUUUUAAAUAAGAUGUUCAAUGGAUCAUUGAAUGUUUUGAAAUAUCCUAUGAUAUUAGGUGUAAUUUUGUAAAAACAAAACAAGAGGCUCAUACUUCAAGACACAAAACUUCAUGAAUUACAACUCAUUAUUUUUGGAUAGGUCUGUGUGUUAUAUAUGUAGCUGUCCGGUUGAGUUUUAGAAGUUGUACAAUCUUCCAGGAUUUCAAUUUAUAUAUUAUUUUUGUGCACAAUUUCAUUGUUAUUGUUUAAGUUUUGUACUUUUUUUAAGGCAUGAUGCAGGUUUUGAAAAUGAUCUAGCAAUUUUACUCUGUGAGUGAAAAGUUGAAGUUAUUUUUUGUUAUAUUAAGGCACUUGUAGCUAAUGUAUUUUCAUGUUUAUGAUUUCAUAUUACUGAUGUUCCUUAUUUUUCAUAAUUUGCUUGAUAAUAAGUAAAAUGUAUUUCUUUUCUUUUUUUAUCUGGCUUAUCGUACAGAAAUCAUGAAAAUUAUUGUAAAAAUAAUUUUUACUUGGUGUUAUAUAAGUAAGAUUGAUAAUUUGUAUUGCUGAAGGGACAUAACAUUGUAUUUUGUGAAACAUGAUUUUUUUUUCUUCUUUUACUGCCAUUAUAACACUUUUGGUUCACAAUUUUUGAAUUAAAUAUAUCUUGUAAACAUGUGUAAAUAUGUCUACAUGACUGGAUUAUAUCAUUGAGCAUGUGAUGGAGAAUAGAUGUUGAAAAAUAUGAUAAAACUUUUUUUAAAAACCUAAUAUUUGGGAAUAACUUUGGAGUAGUGAUGGUAUUAUUGAUGAAGUUGUAUUGGAGAUUCAUUUACUACCAGCCAAUUGACUUCCAUCAAUAAUUUUUCAAGGUGAAUGAGAGGAAAAAUAUGGAGGGAAUUUGUGUUUCAUUUAAUUAUAUUAUUUAUUUUGUAUUAUUUGAAGUGUUUUGCUCAAAUUGUCCUGUGAUAGUUUAUGAGUAGAUUCCUCACUUAUUGUUUUAAUUUCAGAGUUUAUUUGAAAUAGGAAUUGAGGCUUGGGAAUGAUUAUAUAUACUGUCUCAGUAUAUGUCCUUCCUGUCCUGUGUCACAUGGGACUAGCAUAAAAUGCAAAUACAUAUUCUUAUGAUAGUUUUGCAACUAAAAAAUUUUGUUUUGUGUAAAAAAAAAAAGUAUGUUCUUGAUGCAUUAAUUUUAGCAUCAGUUCUGUCAGUGAUAUCCAGAUGUCUAGUUGCUUAUUGAAACUGCCUUAAAUGCACAGAUGGAAAAAGACCAAUUUGUAUCACUAGAUUUUUGUAUUUCUAUUUUUAAGCGUUUUUUUAUCUCCCAUUUUAAUGCUUUUCUUUUUCUAAAUUUGUCUUUUCAAUAAAUUCUUACAGUAGUACUUAAUGAACAUGAGAUUACAUUUAGCAAUCAAAAAUUACAUUCUCCUUAUUUGUGUUUUGGCCAAGCAGUGUUUCGACAUAGAAAGAUUGAAGCAAAAAUUGAGGUCUACUUAUGAAACAACAAAAAACGUUUAGUUCAUAUUGCUUUGCAUUUCCGAAAAUCUGUGAUGUUCUCUCGUUGUUGUGUUUUAGCAUUUAAAUGUUUGGAAAGAAAAUUAAUUUUUUACUGUAAUGUAAGUAGGAAGAAAAUAUUUUUAAAAGAUAUUUGCAUUUUCUAUGUGAGCAGGCAUGGUCAAAUUCAUUAUAUUGAAGAAUAUUUCUAUUAAUUGAAUAUUGCGUUCAAUCUUCUGAAAAUUCAUUACACUAAAUAUGUAUUUAAUUCAAAAUUCGUUAUAUUAGUUGUAUUUUUUUUGUGUCCUUGAAUUUCAUGUAUAAUAUUAACAGGUCGGAGUGAUAUAUAAAUUCAAAAUAUUUGUUCUUUCUUGAAAUUGCACAUUUUCAUACUACAUUUUUAAAUCAAUUACAUAUAAAUUUAUUGUUGAUGUUUUAAGUUAGAUAACAUUUAAACAUUCAUUUAAACUUGAUGAAAACAAUUUUUUCAUGAGAGGCAUUACUGUUAUGGGUCUUAUUAAUUUACAUUAAAUGUAUUUUUGAAUAAUGUUAAAUAUAUUCUUCUGUUAUACUUUUGUGUGUAAAUAUUGUCCAUGUGUAGUUUAUGAGUGAUAAAAAUUAAGAUGCAGAAUAUGCAAAGCAACUCAGAAUUAUUUACAGAAAAAUAAGGGAAAGGCAGGUUAAUGUCUUGUAUGGAGAAUUUCUCUUGCUUUUAUAUUAAAAUAAAGAAUUAUCAUUUAAAGAUUUGUAUAAAAAUAAUUUCAGAUGUAAUUUUCAUAUUUUGCUAGAGUUACAUGGCAACUCCUUUUUCAAGAACUGAAAUGUUAACAGCAUGUUUCAUGGCCUUUAAAUAUAUUAUUUUUAUCCAUGAGUUUUGUAAUUGCAUAACACAUUAUUAGAAAUUAUUGGCGAUUAAUAAAAUAUUUAAUAACUAAAUUGUCAUUAAAUUUUUCUACAUCUGUUUGACUUCUAGAUUUCUAUCACUAGAAAAGUACAUUUUAUAUUCUGUUGAUUUGUUCAAAAAACAUUUUUUCUCUUUUCCUAAAUGGCAAAAUGUAGGUUUGUGACUAUUCAUCUUGAUUUUAUACAUUGAAUUUUAAUAUGUAGUGUAUUUAGCUUUCAUUUUUAUAACUCAUAGUUUUUAGAAGCUCUGAUUGGAGAAUAAAAAAUUUAUAAAGCUUUAAACUGCAUAUUCUUUAAUAUAUUUUUCAUUAUGUUACGAAUUAUCGAAAUAGGGUUAGAAAAACGUAUAUUAAUCUAUGUUUGUGAAUUUCUGCGAGGAAGUUGAUUUUAUGUAGAUAUUCACUUCAUUAUUUGCAUAUAAUUAAGUAAAUUGUUGCAGAUACCAACAGCACUGAAGUUUUUUAUUGUUUCUAUUUUUGCAACUGUCUGACUUAGCUUUGCAUGUUCCAAUUUAUGAAGUUAGUUCAUUUUAUUUUGGUUUCAAUUAGGUCUAUUUUCAGUGUAUCACAUUUGCUAAGCUCUUUGUGCAGGUGUUUCUUUUGAGUAAAUAAAUUCAGUUUAAUGGAAUAUUAGAGGUAAUUUGUAAUUUUAGACCGUUUUUGGAUCAAUUUCUUUAAUUUAAUUAGGUUUUUCUCUAAACACCUCAGAAUUUGUUUUGUUUUGAGAUCAUUUUUAGGGAAAUUUGAAGCCAUAAUUUCUAAGUAAUUGUAAAUGUGCAAUCAUUGCAUAUAUGAAUGCACAUCUCAAUAAAAAAAACUUGUAAAUAUUAUAUUGAAUGAAUUAUGUCAUGGGGCUGAUUUGUAUGGUAAUAUGGUUUUCUUUUUAAAACCGAAAGUUACAAAUAAUACAAACAAAAAUAAUACAAAUUUUCUAGAAUGUCUUCUUUAAAACAAAACAAAACUAAAGACAGUAAUGGACUAAUUGACUAGGGUAUGUUGCCUGUUUUUCAGAUUUUCGUAAUAUGCAGUUGUGUAAUUUAUUACCUCUUUUUGCUUUUUUGUGUAAAAUAUUUAUAAUGAAUGAAAUUCUUAUUUCGUAAACUGUGAAAGGAAACAACAAUUUUUUUUUUUUCGAUAAUUGUCGACAUUUUAAGUGAAUGUACCAAGUUAUUGAAAACAUGAAGGACUUGUAUUUAUUUCCUUUUUUUUAAAAUUAUAAUGUCUCUUUGCAACUGAGCAAGAGUUGUUAUGACAUGAAAGAUUUAACAGUAUAGUCAUUGUAAAGUACUAGUCACCUGUUUGUGAGGCAUUGUGGAAGGGAGUUAUACCAUCAUUUAUCAAUAUAAUUUAAUUGUAGGAGUAAUUGUUAAAUUUAUGAAGGCCUAACAGACCCUAGUUACUUUUUGUAUAUAUUAUUUAAUUGUAUUUUAACAGUUAAUUAUUUUUCAUUGCACUUUGGGAUAAUUGUAAUUGUUAAAAUUGUAAUAAAAAUGUAUAGAUGCCUCAAAACUAAUUUGAAUUUGAAUGACACUAACAUUUUCUGUUAAAUAAUUUUUAAAGAUUGAACACAUUGGAUUGACACAUUUUCAAAACUUUUUCGCAAAAUGUAUCCAAUGGGUAGGUGGGGCAAUUUUGUCAAUAGUGACCUGUUUGAAUUAAUAGUGUAAAAUUUAACUGUUCUUAAAAUUAAUUUUUGAAUGAAGAUAAGUUAAUAUUUCAUUUGAAUGAAAAGGAAUGAGCCUUUCGAAGGGUCACCAAUUUUAAUAUUAUUUAAGAUAAUUUAUCAAAUGGAGUAAAAACAUUAAUGGAUGUAUUUCAGUUAUUUCUAAUCUGUAAAUAAGUUGUGCUUUAAUGAAGGGAUUCUUAAUUUGCAUUAAUGUAGAGUCAAUUCAAGAGUUAUCGAAUUUUCUGAUAGUAACAUGUAUCCAAAUUUCUCUAAGCAUUUAAAUAUAGAUGGGAUCUUACAUUAUAUAGAUUAUCUUAAUAAAAUGACAUAUCAAAAGAUUUUCACAUUGAUACAAGGUUGUUAUUUUGUUUUUUUUUGGUUUAGGUGAUUGAAUAAAUUUGGUAAACUUGGGAUGAGUUUACAUUACAUUACAUUAUGCUAAGAACAAUUUAUUUAGAAGUAGUUGGAACUAGUCUCAUAUUUUUUGUUCUGAAAAACCAUAUAGGAAAUCUAUUUCUGUAAUAUAACUUCAUGCAAACAAGUCUUCCAUUUUGGCAGUAAGUUAAUCAAGAAAAAAGUUAUUGGUUAUGAUUUCACUAAUGAUGUUGGUAUUAGUACAGUACAUAUAAUUUGUUUUUCUGCCUGAUUUGAAAUUCAUUCUUUUAUUCUCAUUUUCAAUUCUAUGCUGAUGCAAAUAGAUCAAUACUUUUGAUGUGUAUGAAUCUUGUUUAAAUUGUACUCCAUGUUAUACAAAAGUAAUGUAUUGGAUACCUCAUAAGUAAUGGUGAAAGAAGUAAGGAACAUACAUUUAAUAUGCAGUCAAUGUGCAGUUAAUAAUUUGAAAUUUGAUUUAUCAAUAUUUUGAUUGUUGCAAUUACUGUUGAAUGUAAGUCUGUAUUGUGAGUGAAAAAGAAGGAAAAAAUUAAAUUUGUUCAGCAUUAGGCCAUGGUGAAAGUGCAAAAUUAAUUUUGAAAUGUGGAAAAAAGGCAAAUUGCUCAAUAUUGACCCAGUUUUGAUGCUUAAGGAGUGUUCAAUUUACUUAAUAACAAUAGGAAAUUAAAUUAUGAAUUUUAAAGUAAAUUUAAUACUAGACAUUUGGUACAAUCAUACACUUACACAUUCAGCUGGAGGUAGAGAACUGCAGAAAAAAAUUUAUGUUUUAAGUAUAGCAUUUAUCGUUUUUCCAUGUGAAUGAGUGAAAUGUCAUAACAGAAAGUUCUCGUUUUACAUUAUUACAAAAUAUUAAUUUCAGAAAAAAAUAUUGUUAAUUGAAAUCACAAUUGAAGUGGAAAUUUGUUUGUUAAUAAAUGUAAAAUAUUAUGGAUAUCAACUAUUUAUAAUUUUCCAGAAAAGAAAGACAUUGUUCCCAAAAAUUUACUAGAAUGUUCACAUGCACAUUUUAUUAAUCUCCACGCAUGGAUCCUAAAAGACAAUAACACUUACUACAAUAAUGCGUAUGUCUAAAAUUAAAGGUGCAAUUAUGUGAUUCGACAUUCUUUGAUUAUUUGCAAGUAAGAUUUCAUAACUAAAUUGAUAAUGUUUGUAAGCAGAUCAAUUAUGAGUGCUUCUUAAGUACAGUCAUGUUUAUUUCCUAUCCGUACACCUGAUUGGUGUGAAAUGAAUUAAGAAGUUACCUUAUUGAUAUUGCAAUUGUAGCAUUAUUUGUAUACUAUUAAAAAUGGAAUAUUUAAUUUACUAAGAAUUAAUUUUAAAAGGUUUCUUCUACCUUUCACCAGUUAACUUUGUACUAGAGUUAAUUUUCAUGUUGCAUGUCACUGAGUUUUCCUUUCAUUGAAAAGAUCGACCAUGUAAACGCACCAUCAUUGAACUUUUUCCCUCUGUAGGUUUGUGUGAAAUAUUGUAUUUUGCUACUCUGUUUCAAUAUGCAUUUGCAUGCGUAACCAUUGUACACAUUGUUAUUUACAAGUCCAUAUUUUCUGCCACCAUAUAAAAGAAAUAAAAAUUAGUAUUUUAUAACAUUAUACAAAAUGACUGUAAUUGAAAAAUUGAUCUAAAAUUCUGAUACACUUGAGUAACCCUCUGAUGUCUGAGAUCAUUGGACACCUAAUAAGUUGCAUGUCCUGCAUCUUGUUGCAAAAUAUUGAAAACUGGAA